GGGCUGUUGGGCCGCUCUCGCGAGACUCCGAAGACGCCGCGAGCGCAGGCCCAGGCGGCGGCAUAGCGUCAUCGCCGUGCGCCUCUUCGGGAGCCGGUCGUCCACAGCAUUGCGUUGGUUACAAUGGCAGGUGAAGAAAUUAAUGAUGACUACCCAGUAGAAAUUCAUGAGUCUUUGUCAGCCCUGGAGAGCUCCCUUGGUGCUGUGGAUGACAUGCUGAAGACCAUGAUGUCUGUUUCUAGAAAUGAGUUGUUGCAGAAGUUGGACCCACUUGAACAAGCAAAAGUGGAUUUAGUUUCUGCAUACACAUUAAAUUCAAUGUUUUGGGUUUAUUUGGCAACUCAAGGAGUUAAUCCUAAAGAACAUCCAGUAAAGCAAGAACUGGUAAGAAUCAGAGUCUACAUGAACAGAGUCAAAGAAAUAACAGAUAAGAAAAAGGCUACCAAACUGGACAGAGGUGCUGCUUCGAGAUUCGUAAAAAAUGCACUUUGGGAGCCCAAACUGAAAAAGGCGUUAAAGAUUGCUAAUAAAGGGAAAGGUAAAAACUAACCUUUUGGCUUUGAUGUACAUAUAUUCAAAAAGUUCUUCACUUUUUAUCAGUUGGCAAUGCAAGGUUUAAAUGGAUUCUUUUUUUGAAUUCAUAUAUAAACUUAUACUUUAAAUUUGUAAUACUGAACCCUUUUUUUUUGCGGAGAAAGAUUGUGUUGAUUGAUCUUCCUAUAGAGCAUCUUGUAGUUUUUAAUAUUUAAGAUACCCUAUAAGCAAUUAUGAAAUGUAAAUGUUCUCUGUAAACAUUUGUAGUGUUUUAAAUGAAUAAUGACAUUAUGAAAUGUACUCUGUUGCUGAAGUUACUUGUUUUCACUAAUGAUGAUAAAAAUGAAAUGACUUAAAUAUCUACUCUGUUUUCCGUAUAGUUAGUUCAACAUGUUUCUGUGAUUUUAAGAGUGAUUGCUUUCUUGAUAUUCACAAUGUGAAAUUAAAACCUUAAGAUUGUACUUUAAUUCCUGAUGUUUCAUUUGAAAUAAAAUACAUUUUCAUUAACAUCUGAUGGAAAAUAAGGUUGUAUGUCAAUAGCUGACUUUUGGCCUGAUGCUUUAAAAAAAGAAGAUUUGUUUUUAUUUGUACAUGUGUUUUGAUUGUUGGUGUGUUUACUGGUAUGUGUAUAGUGCCUCUUAAGGCAGAAGGUUGACAGAGCCACCAUGUGGGUGUAGGGAAUUGAACCUGGUUCCCCUGGAAAAACAGCAAGUGCUCUUAACCCCUGAGCCACCUCUCUAGUCCUCUGAUGCCUUCUUAAUAAAGAUUAUAACUGAGUAACUGACUUCUUUUUCUCCUCUGAAUGAAGGCGUUUGAGAAAUUCUUUCUAAUAGAGAAAAUUUUGAGUUUUGCUCCUCAAUUCUCUUGGUCUUUUUUAGAUUUUUUUUUUUUUGACUCUAUUUUCUAGGCUAAAUCAUAUACUUAUAAAUAUUUUGGAGUAAUUUUCUUUGUUACAUUCUGCCCCUCAAGCACAGGAAAAAACACUGUAUUUAUAUUUUGAUUUAUUUUUCCAGAAUAUUUGUUAUGGAGAUUUCUACUUAUUAAUUGUUUCAGUUUCUAAAUCCAUGAAUUUCCAUUAUAUAUUCUUGGUGCCUUCAACCCAUAUCAUUAUGUGUAGGAAUGCCAAGUACUGCCAAGCACUUUAAUUUUUGAAAACAAGCUGAUAGAAUUUUUUGUGAUUAGUUCUCCAUGAGUAACCUUGAGUAAAUGAAUUUCAUGAAUGCUCGUAAAAGUGUUAA